UGGAGUUAUGGCGGAGUCACAAGGCACAGCCAAACUGAUGUUAAAUCCAAGGGAGAAACUCACUGGAGCGCUUGUGAUUGGCAUCGCAUUUGCAACUUUUGUUGCAACACUUGUGGUCACUGCCAUCUUCGCGGUUCCAGAGAUGAGCAAGCCACCUCAAGGGGAUUAUUACCCAGAUAUCGUCAAGGAGGACAUGUGCUCUACUUGCUGGGAGGCCACCGUCUUUGCCACAAGCUCCGAUCCAUUCUACCAGUGGGUCUCUGAUUCCUCACUCCCGGAUGCUCUUGACGUCUCCCAGAGGGGAACGCUUGCAUACCAGAGGGCCAGCAUCUGGCGUGUUUCGGGCAAUAUCACCUCUACAAAUGAGAGCUCUUUGUAUAGCUCGCCAGAUCCCCGCAUUCUUGGAGGAGAGCUUGUCAAGAGAAGCAGGACUCUGGUGUGGAAGAUGACAGUCUACUGGGGGAUGAGUGUAAGAACUUGUUUCACCUUGCCAGGAUCCAAGGAUGAUUCGUGUCUUUACACAACCCCGAUCGUCCAGACCGCUCCUGGAUCAUAUGCAGCGCUCUUGGUUGGCGUUCCGUAUCGGAAGGCUUCACAGGAACCAUAUGCCGUGGAGAGCAGCGCUUUGUAUCUGGACAAUAGUGCGGUGUAUUUGACAAACUUUGUGAGCAACGCUAGAACCGGUGCUGGAUUGAAGCUCCAAAGCUCUGGCAAAGAAAUCAAGAACUACGUCUACGAAGGCCAGGUUUGCAACAGGGCCUCCCCGAUCCUCGUCACCCCGGACGUGGUUUCUUACAUGGGUUUUCCAAGCUUCCAGUGCGCUUGCGAUGGUAACCUUUGCCUUGUGGGUCUGAACAUCACUGGCACAGCUUCGAAUGAGGAUGAUAUUUUUCCUCUGAAACUAAAUGCCUCCGGGUGUGGCCAGGGCAAUUCGUUUUGGGAUUACGAUAGGUAUCCUUUGGAAGAGAAUAGAACCAUCUUCUACUCUUACAGCCCGAGUCGGGAGACAUCGAUACUACUCCAGGUGAAUUUCAGCACAACAUUCGAUAUGGUAAUCUUUGGUCCCAACCAGAUACUCAAAUACUUUGUUUCUUGCACUGAGGACACGAUCCAGAAGAAGGCUCCGAGCGAUGACACACUAGUGUCAGAUCUGCAGAAGUGCUUGAAAAGUCCAAUUGUUGCCGUGAGCCCUGCCUUUGACAGAAGAGUCGCUGUGAGAAGAUACCGAUCUCGGGUCUCGCUGGAAGGUCUCAUGGACACCUUCAAUUACAAGGUUCCAAGUGACAAGGACGACAACUUCUUGUGUGGCAUGGACGAAGGCCAGUCAAAACUGGCGGACAAGCUGUGCACGGUAAGCUUGCAGGAUCUAAAGAGCUCAAACGAGAUGCAAAAGCUGGAGAAGCGCUUGAGGGAGUCUCUAAAGGUGGCGGACGUGCAUAGGUUCGUGAAGAAGGAAUGGGAGAGCACUUCGUCGCAGAGAUCAGACAUAACUGUUGGGAUUGUCACAGCAGUGGUGACCAUCCUUGUGACCAUCUGGGGGAUGUUCAACAGGGAUUUGCAAGAGGUGGAGGCGUUGAUCUUGAAGCGCGCAGGCAAAUUCACCAGGGUUGUGGAAGCGACAAUAGGACUUCCACUGUUUAAGACGGGAAUUCGGGGUUUUCUGCUCUUGGGUGUGAUCGUGUGGAACAUGUUUAACGUGUUUGUCAGCUUGAAUGCUGUGGGAAGUGAGCCCCGGCUUGCCACCUCAAAGACACUACUCCAGCAGCUCGACGGGAUCUCGUUCUUGGUGACUACAACUUCAACAGUUCAAGUCACUCCAUCUUGGAUUAUCUUCUUUGCAGCGUGCUCGUUUGCAAUCUUUGUGCUUGCCACAGUACCUUUCGGUGUGUACGUUCGCAUGCGCUACGUGGAAAGAAAAGAAGAGGUAACUGUACCAGCUUAA